AUGGAACAUACAUAUCAAUAUGCGUAUAUAAUACUCUUUCUUCCACUUCCAGUUACUAUGUCAAUAGGAUUUGGACUUCUCUUUGUUCCGACAGCAACAAAAAAUAUUCGUCGUAUGUGGGCUUUUGUUAGUGUUUUACUGCUAAGUAUGGUUAUGGGGUUUUCGGUCAAUCUGGCUAUUCAGCAAAUAAAUGGAAGUUUUAUCUAUCAAUAUCUAUGUUCUUGGACCAUCAAUAAUGAUUUUUCCUUAGAGUUCGGAUACUUGAUCGAUCCACUUACUUCUAUUAUGUCAUUACUAAUUUCUACUGUUGGAAUCAUGGUUCUUAUGUAUAGUGACAAUUAUAUGUCUCACGAUCAGGGAUAUCUGAGAUUUUUUGCUUAUAUGAGUUUUUUCAAUACUUCCAUGUUGGGAUUAGUUACUAGUUCCAAUUUGAUACAAAUUCAUAUUUUUUGGGAACUAGUGGGAAUGUGUUCCUAUUUAUUAAUAGGUUUUUGGUUCACACGACCAAUUGCAGCAAGUGCUUGUCAAAAAGCUUUUGUAAUUAAUCGUGUAGGUGAUUUUGGUUUAUUAUUAGGAAUCUUAGGUUUUUAUUGGAUAACAGGUAGUUUAGAAUUUAGAGAUUUGUUCGAAAUAGUUAAUAACUUGAUCCAUAAUAAUGGGGUCAAUUUAAAAUUUGCUAUUUUAUGUGCCUGUUUAUUAUUUCUUGGUGCAGUUGCUAAAUCCGCACAAUUUCCCCUUCACGUGUGGUUACCUGAUGCUAUGGAGGGACCUACUCCCAUUUCGGCUCUUAUUCAUGCUGCUACUAUGGUAGCAGCCGGAAUUUUUCUUGUAGCACGACUUCGUCCUCUUUUUAUAGUCAUACCUUACAUAAUGAAUCUCAUUUCUUUAAUAGGUAUAAUAACACUAUUAUUAGGAGCUACUUUGGCUCUUGCUCAAGGAGACAUUAAAAGAAGUUUAGCCUAUUCGACAGUGUCUCAAUUGGGUUAUAUUAUGUUAGCCCCAGGUAUAGGUUCUUAUCGAGCUGCUUUAUUUCAUUUGAUCACUCAUGCCUAUUCUAAAGCUUUAUUGUUUUUGGGAUCCGGAUCUAUUAUUCAUUCAAUGGAACCCGUUGUUGGAUAUUCGCCGGAUAAAAGUCAGAAUAUGGUUCUUAUGGGUGGUUUAAAAAAAUAUGUUCCAGUUACAAGAAUCACGUUUUUAUUAGGUACACUUUCUCUUUGUGGUAUUCCACCUCUUGCUUGUUUUUGGUCCAAAGAUGAAAUUCUUACUGAUAGUUGGUUGUAUUCACCAAUUUUCGCAAUAAUAGCUUAUUUCACAGCAGGAUUAACCGCAUUUUAUAUGUUUCGAGUGUAUUUACUUACUUUUGAUGGCUGUUUGCGCGUUCAUUUUCAAAAUUAUAGUAGCACUAAGCGUAGCUUGUUCUGUUCAAUGUCUGUAUCUGUAUGGGGGAGAGAACCACUUAAAAUAGACAAUGAAAAUUUACCUUUCUUAAUCUUAAAAAGAAAUAUUAAUAAUAAGGUAUUCUUUUUUUCAUUUUUUUCAAAGGGUACAUAUAAAAAUAAAAUUUAUAAUAAUGUAAUAAAUCGGAUGCAAUACUUUCGUACGUACUUUCAAAAUAAAUACACUUACAUGUAUCCUCAUGAAUCGGAAAAUACUGUGCUAUUUCCUCUGCUUGUAUUAGUACUAUUUACUUUGGUCGUUGGAUUAAUAGGAAUUCCUUUUGAUCAAGGAGUAAUAUAUUUUGAUAUAUUAUCGAAAUGGUUAACUACAUUGACAAACCCUUUCCAAAAGAAUUCUGUGGAUUGGUACGAAUUUUUGACGAAUGCUAUUUUUUCAGUAAGUGUAUCCCUUUUCGGACUAUUCAUAGCAUCCAUUUUCUAUGGGUCUGUUUAUUCAUCUUUCCAGAAUUUGAACUUAAUCAAUUUUUUUGUAAAAAGGAGACCUAGGAGAAUUCUAUUGGAUCAAAUAAAAAAUGUAAUAUACAAUUGGUCAUAUAAUCGUGGUUACAUAGAUAUUUUUUAUACUAAGGGCUUAACUAUGAGUAUAAGACGAUUGUCCAAAUUAAUUCAGUUUUUUGAUAGAUAUAUAAUUGAUGGAAUUACAAAUGGGAUUGGUGUUGCAAGUUUCUUUCUCGGGGAAGGGAUAAGAUAUAUAGGCGGGGGGCGAAUAUCGUCUUAUUUAUUCUUGUAUUUAUCUUAUGUAUCAAUAUUUUUCAUAUUUUAUCAAUAUUUUUAUUUUUGA